ACAGUGUGGAAGGGGAAAGUGUCUGCGGAAGAGUGUGUGACAGAGAGAAUGUAAGAAGAUGAGAGUUGACAUUUGAGUAGAGUGGAUGGUGUCUUUGACUCGUGUGGCCACAUGGAUUCACACUAUGAGCGUUGUACAGCAAUAGAUAUAACCCAAACGGCGAACAUAUCUGCAUAAUUGAUCCAAGAAGAUUCUGAGUCUGGACCGGGCAAUUUCAGCUGAAGGGUUAGACCAUGUAGUCGGUAUUUCCCAGAGAACCUCGACUGACUGAACUGCUGGAUAAACAUUCUGGACUUACAGGAUCUAAAAGUCUUCCUAUUAGAGAGAAUAACCCACUUUAUCCUAGCAUAACUACAACCCACAGUACUGAGUCUGGAUAUUUGCGAUUGAUAAGUCACUGUGAUCUCUCAGCAGAAAGGUGAGUGUGCCUGCCUGGCUAGCUUGAGAAAAGAGAUUUCCCUUGUGUUUUUCAUACGUUAUGUCUCAUUCAUCAACACAGAAAUAGAGUAUCAGAAAGUCCCCACCAAGUCUGUAAACACUGCAAAAAGAGGGGAGUGCAGAGGUGGCAACAGAAUAAUGUACCCAGAGCCCACCCACUCACAUGGGGUAACAAUAGCCCCUUAAAACACCUGAGCAUCGGAAUAUCCUGCCGCAUGUUCAUCAAAGACGCUGGAAGUUUCAAGACGCUGGAAUGAGAAAGACUCCAGGCUGGAUUUGAACCCUGGAUCUCACAAUCACAUCUUUUGCAGCAGGGACUUUUUGUGGGACUGGCUUGGGCUUGAGCUAAACUUUUCAACUGUUUGGACAUUAAACUCCACAUCAUCCUCUAAUUUGCUACUACUACAGUAGACCAUCCUAGUCCAUCUUUACCUCUUGAAGACUGCAGAAUAUUUUUUUCUUCCCCUACACUCACCCAGUUAUGGAUUCACAGGGUGGUCCAUACCUCAACAAGAGGGCCCUCUGCUCACCUCUGGGUGCUGCCCGCCUCUGUCAGUUGGCCAUGGGCUGUGCUGUGAUUGCCAUGGUAGCCCACAGUGCCGGCUACAGUGGUUCACAGGGCGUGUUCUGUAUGGCGGCAUGGUGCUUCUGCUUCGCCAUGACAGUUGUGGUGUUUUUCCUGGACGCCACUCGUCUCUACAGCUGCCUGCCCAUAUCCUGGGACAACCUUACCGUCACGUGUGCUGCCUUCGCAACGCUCAUGUAUGUGACAGCCUCUGUGGUUUACCCGCUCUUCUUUGUCCGAUCUGAGUGCCCCUACGCCGGCUGUGAUGUCAGAAAUUUCCGCAUCGCUGUGACCGUCUGCUCCAUCCUGGGUGCUCUGGCCUAUGGGGCUGAAGUGGCCUUGUGCCGAGCCAGGCCAGGCCAGGCUGUGGUGGGCUACAUGGCCACCGUCUCUGGCCUCCUCAAAGUCGUUCAGGGCUUUGUGGCCUGCAUCAUCUUUGGAGCUCUGGCCAACGGGAGCGAGUAUUCCCGCUAUGCCGCCACAAUCUUCUGUGUUGUCGUCUAUGCUUUCUGCUUUGCUCUGACUGCGCUGGUGGUCGUCAUGACAGUGUGUGGGCGGACCAAGGCUGUGCGCUGCUUGCCCUUUGACCGCUUCGUGGUGGUGUGCACCCUUCUGGAAGUUCUGCUCUACCUGAGCGCAUCAGUGGUGUGGCCAGUGUUCUGCUUUGACACAAAAUAUGGCUCUCCAUGGAGACCGUCGUCAUGCCCUCAGGGGAGGUGUCCGUGGGACAGCAAGGUUGUGGUGGCGGUGUUCUCCUUCGUCAACUUUGGACUGUAUGUGGCGGACCUCAUCUACUCCCAGAGGAUACGAUUCGUCUCCUCCCAUGUGCACACUAACUCACGAAUGUAGCACCAUAUCACCAUUUUACUAUUAUAUUGGCUUAACAGGUUUAAGUUAUUAAUCUGCUUCAUUUGUUUUAUUUUGUUUAUGUAUUGUUUUAAAUAUUUAAAGACACAGAAAAUAUUGAGGGGAAGAGGGAUCCCAGGCCCAGGACAUCCCUGGUGUUGCACAUGGUCUAACACUGAGGUGUCCAGACACCCCAGUUUCCAUGUGAAAGCAGUGUGGAAUGUGAACAAGGAAUUUUUCCUCUACGUCGCCUCCGCCACACCCCUCUGAGGUGACACCCCAUCUCUUUAACUCACCCUUUUUGCCCUCUGAGAGAUUUCGGGAGAACAGCCAGCCUCACCCAAGCAGCCAGGGCUUAGCCUACUGGUUAUGUCCUGCCAAAUCCUCAUAAACCAAGACACUCCCACUGUUCUUGACCUGCGACACACACUCACAC